AUGGGAGACUGGUCCAUUCUUGGCCGCUUCCUAACAGAAGUCCAGAACCACUCCACAUUCAUCGGCAAGAUAUGGCUGACAAUGCUGCUCAUCUUCCGCAUCCUGCUCGUGGCCCUGGUGGGGGAUGCGGUCUACAGCGACGAGCAGUCCAAGUUUACCUGCAACACCCUGCAGCCCGGAUGCAACAACGUCUGCUAUGACACUUUUGCCCCCGUCUCCCACUUGCGCUUUUGGGUCUUUCAGAUUGUUCUCGUCUCCACACCCUCCAUCUUCUACAUCGUCUACGUCUUGCAAAAAAUCACCAAGAACGAAAAAUUAGAGGAUAAGAAGGUUGAGGUGGUGCCCAGGUCCUCACCUUCACUUGAAAUGGACAACCACAUGGGAGGAGAUCAAGAGACGACACUGGAGGCCGGCGGUCCUUAUAACUCAAGCUUUAACAACGAGGACUGGAGCUCGAGGGAAGUUGAGUGUGAGGAGAAGAGCCAGCUGGAGGAGGAUGCAGGAGAUGUCGGGAAGGACCCAACCCAGCUCUCCAACCAAGUGCUACUCAUCUACAUCGUCCAUGUUUUGCUGCGCUCCAUCAUGGAGAUAAUCUUCCUCAUUGGACAGUACUACCUCUUUGGAUUUGAAGUCCCACACCUUUUCCGCUGUGAAACCUACCCCUGUCCAAACAGGACCGACUGCUUUGUGUCCCGAGCAACAGAGAAGACCAUCUUUCUCAACUUCAUGUUCAGUGUCAGCCUAGGCUGCUUCAUCUUGAACAUUGUGGAGCUGCACUAUCUAGGCUGGAUUUAUAUUUUCAGAGUAUUGUUCUCUGCAUGCUGUACAUGCUGUGAGUCAGGUAGAAACCCUGGGAGGCAGGUGGAUUUGUAUCCCGACAACAACCCACUGUUGCUUGAGCUCAAACACUCGCUCCAUGGCAGGGUCCUCCUUCAGACCACCUCUUCCGUGUCAGGGGACAAGAGCAGCGGUGUCCCAAACCAAGGCGCGGCCAUCUCCUUUGAGACGGACUCCACACUUGAGUGCACCUCAAAGAGAAAUCCAGACGACAAGGAACGCAACAAGACUAGACUGCACAGUGUGGCCAAAACAGGAAGAGGGAAAAAGUCAUGGUUGUAA